AUGGAUAGUGAAUUCGAUAUUGAUGAAUUCACAAAAAACUUGGCAGGAACACAUCCAGAACUCGUAGAAGGCCUUGAAGGAACAAGUCUUAUGGAUGACUUUGAAACCGACGAAUUCGAAAGAAAAAUAGUUAAUGAAUAUCCAGAACUCGCUGAAAAAAUUUGCGAACUUGAUGAAAAGACUGUAAAAGAAGAACAAGAAAAGAAGGUUAGCAAGAAACAACAAGCAAGAGAUCGACGUGAACGAUUAGAAGCAAUGAUGAUAGAGGGAAGAAGUGUUGUCGAGAAGAAAGACGAAACGUAUCAUGACAGAAUUCUCGAGAUUAAGGGACCACUCGAAUUAUUGGCGAAAGCAGUUAAAGGAGAACUACGAAUAGAAGUUAGAACUCGUGCAGUUGACCGGAUUGAUAGAAUAUUCGAAGGGAUUCUGACAACAUUUGAUGAACACAUGAAUGUUAUGAUGACAAAUGUGACAGAAACUGUUCGAUAUGGAAGAAAAGCAAAGAAAGAGGUUGGAGCUCGAAAUCGUGUGCAGGAAUUUCUGCCGGAGUUCUUGCGUUGGAAGGAAGGUGGAAAUUGGCCAAUGCCGAUUGGUGCCAAUAGUCUCGUUGAGCAUCGCUUCCAGAGGUCAUGUUUUGUGAAGGGAGAUUCAAUUGUUUUUGUGCGAACACUAUCUUGA